AUGUCGUUAGAAGAAACAGAGCCACCGAACCAGACUCUAGAUCAUGUCCUAAGCUGGCUCGAGGAUUCUGUGUCCUUAUCCCCAUUACCAGGAUUCGAUGAUUCUUAUUUGCUCCACGAGUUUGAUGGAUCUCAAACGUGGGAAUGGGAUCAGACUCAAGACCCGGAACAUGGUUUCAUUCAAAGCUAUAGUCAAGAUCUUAGUGCAUAUGUGGGUUGUGAAGCAACUAACCUGGAAGUUGUAACAGAAGCUCCAUUCAUUAAUUUGGAUCCUCUGCCUGAACUUCAGCAACCAAACAAUCAAUCCAGGAAAAGGAGCAGUGACAAGCUUAUCGAGGCCCAACACGUGAAAAGAUCAGCAAGGAGCAAGAAAAAAUCAAACAAGUCUAGUGAGAAGAGCUGCAAAGAUGGUAACAAGGAAGAGAGAUGGGCAGAGCAAUUACUUAACCCUUGUGCCUUGGCAAUUACGUCAAGGAACUCAUCAAGGGUUCAACACUACCUGUGUGUUCUCUCUGAACUUGCUUCUUCUUCUGGCGAUGCAAAUCGUCGGCUUGCAGAUAUUGGUCUUCGCGCUCUGCAACAUCAUCUUUCAUCAUCCUCAGUGUCAUCAUCUUUUUGGCCUGACGUUACGUUUGCUUCAGCAGAAGUGAAGAUGUUUCAGAAGACUUUGCUUAAGUUCUAUGAGGUAAGCCCUUGGUUUGCUUGCCUAAUAACAUGGCAAACUCAGAAAUCCUGCAAAUUCUAG